UUCGGUCUGGUUGGUGAAUGGGUAGAGCUCACCUAAUUCUCCAUUUCUAACUCUUUAAAGCCGAAUCAGACAACAGUACUCUCACUGAAUCAAGCGGCAAACCGAAUCAAAGAAGAUGGGCGUGUACACGGCGGCAAUGGGCGCCAUCACGGAGUACACGGGGCUGUCUCCGGCGGCGUUCUUCACGAUUCUGGCGGCGAUGGUGGUGGUUUACAAGGUGGUGUCCGGGAUGUUCGUGGCGGCCGAGGACUACGUCGCCGUGAAGAAGGCCAACGCCUACGCCCUGCGCGAGCCCGUCCAGUUGGGCGACGUCACCGAGGAGGAGCUCCGAGCGUACGACGGAUCCGACCCGGAGAAGCCCUUGUUGAUGGCCAUCAAGGGCCAGAUAUACGACGUCUCUCGCUCCAGGAUUUUCUACGGCCCCGGCGGCCCGUACGCCUUGUUUGCCGGCAGGGACGCUAGCCGAGCCUUGGCUCUUAUGUCAUUUGAUCCUCAAGACCUUACCGGAAACAUUGAUGGUCUCAGCCCUUCCGAGCUUGAGGUCUUGCAGGAUUGGGAAUACAAGUUUAUGGAGAAGUAUGUGAAAGUCGGGCAGCUGGUUUCAGAAAGGAAAACCACCGACACCGAGCCUACUGCUGGCAAUGGGGAGAACGCGCAGGAGAGUCAGAAUGUUGAAGAAAAUGGGGCUUGUGACACGCCAACCAAAGAGUGACAAAGGUUUGGUAAGUAAUUGACAUGAAGCUCGAUCCUAGUAGAAACACAAGCUGAAGAAGUUUAAGCUAGCAAACUAAAUACUAAUAAGAAUGCCUAUAUGUGAACCUAGAUUUGUUGCUUGUUCAUAUAGUGACGCUGAGUGGCCAAAGCACAUUGAGUAAGAGCACAAAAUAAAUUUCCAAUUACUUCGUAUAUUGUAUGUAA